AUGGAUUCGUAUUUGAAGACACAGAUUUUAAUAGUGGCCUGUGUAAACAUAGGCCAGUUCAUAGAUGGCUACAGCGUGGGCUGGUCAGCUCCCAUCAUCCCCAAGUUACAGGAUCCUCAUCAAUCACCCCUGCCUGAGUUAGUGACUGACUUCCAGGUGUCAUGUAUAGGAUCCCUGUUAUAUAUUGGCGCUAUUGUUGGUCCAUACAUCCCCAGCUACCUAUCCAACAUAAUAGGUCGGAAACCAUGCCUCCUACUAGGUGGGCUAUUGAACCUUCUCGCCAUCAUCCUCAUCAUCACCACUCAUAACAUCAUCAUGGUGUAUGCUGUUAGGAUCAUCAGUGGCUUGGGGAUGGGGAUGGUGACAGUCAGUAACUUGGUGUAUGUCGGGGAGAUUGCGUCCACAAACAUCCGAGGCAUUCUCCUAACAUCCACAUCUAUUGUUGGCAUAUUUGGGACCCUGGCAGCCUACAGUAUCGGACCAUACGUGUCUUAUCAAGCCACUGGAUAUAUAGCUCUGGUCAUUAAUAUAGUGCAUGUGAUCGGAAUUCUGUUUGUACCGGAGUCUCCUGUGUAUUAUGCUUUAAAAGGUAAAGAAACAGAAACCAAAUCAACACUCCGACUUCUCGGCCGACUGGACGAUUUAGAAAACGUCUUCGAGUCAGUUCAAGACCUAGAGCCUAAUGAUGGCCACAGUUGGAAGUCAUGGGUCAAGAUAUUUACUGUGAAGUCCAAUAGAAGGUCCCUGAUCAUCACGUUUAGUCUGCUAACUCUUCAGCAGAUGAGCGGCGUGGCAGCUGUGCUGUUUUUUGUUACUACUAUAUUUCAGUUGGCUGGGUCUUCGAUACGGCCAGAUCUAGCCACAAUCCUGGUAGGUGCAACGCGUCUGUUGUCUAGUUUGAUAGCUCCAACGUUGGUGGAGAGAGCUGGAAGAAGAAUCUUGCUCCUGACUUCAACUGCCUUUUGUGCUGUCAGCUUGUUUAUCCUCGGUACAUAUUUCUAUUUGGAUCGGAUACAGAGUUCCAUCAUUUCUGACAUCAGAUGGCUGCCACUCAUGGCUCUAAUUAUGUACUUCUUCUCAUAUGAAAGCGGUUUCGGCACAAUGCCCUUCGCCCUCGUCGGCGAGAUGUUCAAAGGCAACGCUAGAAGUCCUGGCUCAGCCAUCUCCAUGACCACGGCUUGGCUCAUCGGCUUCCUCAUCGCCACCAGCUUCAACACCAUGCUGACCAGCAUCGGCGGUGACGUCACGUUCCUCGUAUUCUCUCUCUCCUGUGUCCUGGCUUGCUUGUUCACUUACAAGUUUGUUCCUGAGACUAAGGGGAGGACUUUGAGUGAGAUUCAGCAGAUUUUGAGUGGGUGA